UGCUGGGACAAACAACUGGGGUGUUACUGUCAAUGAAACAAAAAUGAAUGUCACCUCACUGACUGCUGGAGUGCAGUACACUUUUACCAUCAUUGCAGUGGCUGGAGAUAAUGAAACAGUAGGAGAGGCAAAGACAGUUUCACAGUAUACAAAGCCUGAUGUAGUCAGGAAUCUCACUGUAAGUGAAAUCACAACAUCCUCUGUGUCUCUGAUCUGGGCUGAACCUGAAGGAAAUAGCUCAUUCUAUAGAGUACAGUGGACAGGUGGAGAAAUCAAUGUACUUGAAAAUGUGACCCAAACAUCUAAGAUCAUUACUAACCUGACUGCUGGUGUCCAAUAUACAAUAACUGUUACUGCAGUGGCAGAUGAUGGUCACAUUGAAGGACAGAGUACUAUUGUAUCUCAGUACACAAAGCCUGAUAUAGUCAGGAAUCUCACUAUCACUGCAUUCACAACAUCCUCUAUGUCUCUGAGCUGGACCAAACCAGAGGGAAACAGCUCCACCUAUAAAGUACAAUGGACAGGUGGAAAUAUAAGUGAUAGCUGCAGUGUCAAUGUAACAUCCAAGACUAUUUCUAACCUGGCUGCGGGUGUCAAUUAUACAAUAACUGUUACUGCAGUGGCAGGUGAUGGUCACACUGAAGGACAGAGAGCUACUGUAUCUCGGUACACAAAACCGGGUAUAAUUUUGGGAGUUGCUGCGUCCACAAACACAAUCGCUAUCUCACUGAAAUGGAAGGUAGCUGCUGGUGAAAUCUUACAGUACAGGGUACAGUGGCACAAC